CAACAUCCUUUUUCACACACAGAAACAGAGCAAUGACUAAGCUCAACAUCAUCGACAUUGCCACCCUCUUAUCUCUUCUUCUCACUUCAACCCAAGCCACACUCCUCGGAGGACCAUGGCAAACCGCCCACGCCACCUUCUACGGCGGCAACGACGCCUCCGGAACAAUGGGUGGCGCGUGUGGUUACGGGAACUUAUACAGCCAAGGCUACGGCGUCAACACGGCGGCAUUGAGCACCGCACUAUUCAACAACGGCUUAAGCUGCGGCGCGUGUUUUGAAAUAAAGUGCGCAAAUGAUCCUACCUGGUGCCACGCUGGCAGCCCUUCCAUAUUAGUAACUGCCACAAAUUUCUGUCCACCAAAUUAUGCUUUACCAAGUGAUAAUGGUGGUUGGUGUAAUCCUCCACGUGCACACUUCGAUCUCGCCAUGCCUAUGUUCCUCAAAAUCGCUCAGUAUCGCGCCGGCAUUGUCCCCGUAUCUUACCGCCGGGUAUCGUGUAGGAAGCAAGGAGGGAUAAGAUUCACGAUCAACGGUUUUCGUUACUUUAAUUUGGUUUUAAUCACCAACGUUGCGGGUGCAGGGGAUAUCGUGAGUACUAGUGUGAAAGGUUCGAAAACAGGUUGGUUGAGUAUGAGUCGUAACUGGGGGCAAAAUUGGCAAUCAAAUGUUGUUUUGGUUGGUCAGACACUUUCCUUUAGGGUGACAGCAAGUGACAAACGCACUUCAACUUCUUGGAAUAUUGCUCCUUCUAAUUGGCAGUUUGGUCAAACUUUCAGUGGCAAGAAUUUUUAAGGAUAGUGAAGAAAAUUGGAAAAGUGCUUUUUUUAUAAGUUGUACUAAUUUGAAUUUUACUUGGAAUGUGGAUAUGAGGGAAACAAGGUAGAGAAAAAUAGGGAGGAAAAAGGAGGAUUAUGAUAGUGACUAUGAAAGUUUUUAAGGUGUGUUUGGUUAUGGGGUUUAUAAGUUUUAUAGAAUUUUUCUUUUUAGUUUAUAGAUUAUGUGAAAUUUGUAAGAAGCUGAAGUGGCUUCAAAGUUCAAAUUCACUAGCCCGCAGCUAUGUUUUUAUGUAUUUUACAUGUUAUUAUACAAUGUUUUAUAUUAUGUGAGAAAA